AAAAAUGGUGGAAGCAGAUCGUCCAGGGAAGCUAUUUGUAGGAGGCCUCAAUGUAACCAUCAAUGAAAAGAUUCUUGAAGCGAUGUUUGGGAAAUAUGGCCCUAUAGCAGAAGUUCUUUUGAUCAAGGAUCGAGAAACUAGCAAGUCCAGAGGCUUUGCUUUCAUUACUUUUGAAAACCCUGCAGAUGCUAAGGAUGCUUCCAAAGACAUGAAUGGAAAGUCUUUCGAUGGAAAAACUAUUAAAGUAGAACAAGCCAACAAACCAUCUUUUGAAAGUGUUGGGACACGAAGACCACAACCUCCUAGAAACAGAGGUCCUGUAAGAAAUAUGAAAAAUGGAAAGGGAACAAGUGGAGGAACAAGAUGGCAUCCAUCAUAUAGAGGACACUUGGAUAAAGUUUUAAAAUAUAAGGAUACAACCAUGGGACUGAAAAGCAAUGAUGGAGGCUACACUUAUAAUGUCAACAUGAGUUCUUCUAGGGGACCCUUUGCAGUUAAAAGAGGUCCAUCUUCAAGAAGUGGAGGUCCUCCUCCUAAAAGAUCUGCUCCUUCUGUUCCAGCAAGAAGCAAUAGUGCAGUGAGAGGACGAGGUCCUGAAUCACGCGGGAGAGAGAAUUAUGGAGAUCUACCGCGUAGAAAGCCAGUGUCUUCCCGGAGAGAUUACUAUGUGUCACCAAGAGGUGGUGGUUAUGCUGCAAAAGAUAGUUACAGAGAUUAUCCAGGUUCCCAAGAAGGCAAGGAUUAUGGUCCUCCAACUAGAGACGUUGUGUACCAUGAUUAUGGCCAUUCUAGUCCUCGGGAUGAACAUUUCUCUAGAGGAUAUAGUGACCGUGGUGGCUAUGGUCGCAAUAGAGAUUAUUCUGAGCAUCCAAGUAGAGGCUUUUAUAGAGAUGCAUUUGACAAUUAUGGGAAUUCCCGUGGCGUACUAUCUGCACGAGGGCCUCCACUGACUUACAGUGGAAACAAUCGUUACGAAGAUUGUAACAGUACACGAGAUGGAUAUGGUGGAAAUCGGGACAGUUACUCAAGCAGUCGAAGUGACAUGUAUCCAACUGGUCGUGCACGUGGUAGCAGACGGGAACGAGGGUUCCCACCUUCUCUGGACAGGGUGUACUAUGUUCCUCAUGGAUCAUAUGGUAGUUCAAGUUGUGGGGCUUCUAGAGGCAGUCAGGGGAGAGGCCAGUCUGAAAGAGGAGGACGAAGAAGGUACUAAAACAAAAAUUACACUUGUUUGCCAAACUUCCUUUGCAGACAGAAAAUUUAAAUGCUACUUUUCUUGUGUUGUAAGUACUAGCUAUUAAAAGAAAUACCUUGGUUUUGGAGGAGGGGGCAUAUAUUAACUUCUCUUCUGUGACUUUUCCCUUUUACAAUAUAUAGAUAGAUUUGUUUAAAGUAAUGUCAGUGUCGCUGUUGAGAAAUAAACGUUUCUUCUUGAGAGUGUUUGUACUGUUAAAAGUUCUUAGAAUAAAAGUUUGCACAAAACCCUGUGUCCCGUUGCAUUGUUCUUUGUUG